AUGGAAGUGAAAAUAAGUCAAACUAAAAUUUUCUUCGCACUGUGCCUGUUCACAUUGUUGGUCAUCUCCGGAUACGAAAAAGCUUUCCGAAUAUCCCCAAAGUCUCAGGAGUCCAGCGAUGACGGCAAGUUUUUUUGAUAAUUUUGAUGAUUUUUGUGAAUUUGACGAAAUGUCAAAAAAAUUAUUGGAAAUCUUGCUUCUUGAAAUUGGAAUCCUCUUUGUAAUUUUCGAUUAUUUAGUUAGACAUUAAAAGUAUAAAAAUUAUUUUAUAUCUUGUGAUAUACUUUGUGAUACAAUCAGUCGUCCCUCUCUCCCCUCAUACAAUGUUUGAACUUUAUUUUCUUUUAUCUUUCGUGGGGGCCCACGUCGCUGGAAAUGGGUUAUCGCUCUAAGUGCUUGUUCAAUUUAUUUGAAACCUUUUUUAAUGCCCCGGUGCCAAAUUUUAUCGAAAUUCAGAGGAAGAAAUAUUAUUUUUGCACUGCACAUACUUUUUUUGUGCUAUUUAGUCUACUAUUUAGAGAAUGUCACAAAAGCAGUUGGCGAAUGGACCGGUUUUUACGAGGAGAUCGGUAAGUAAAAAAUCCAGUUUUUGGCAUUUUUUAUAUACGUGUUUUGCAAAUCCCAAGUUAAAAAAAUGGUGGGUCCCAUCACGAGACCUUUUUGAGAAAGACAUGCGGAAAAAGUCCCCAAUUUAAGGGUUCUCCUAUGAGUUAAAAAUAAAGUUUCUAGGUCCUAUCACGAAAACCUGAUAAGUCAAUUUUUUGCUCUAGGAACGAUGGAAAAUCACUUCCAAAAAGCCUUAAAGUGUCAAUUCUAUUCGCUGUUUAUUAUUUCUCCUUUUUAGUUUACGCAGUUCCAACGUUAAACCGCGAUUACUCUGAUGGAAGUUGCCCGUUGCCAUUUCUUGAUCCCUACCAUCCCUCUGGCAUGAAAUUCCAUGACGAAACCUAUAAUCCACUCAAAGAUUGUGUCCCCAGCUUCACUGUUCGCAGUAAAAUAAUCAACCAGACCAUCUUUAUUGAGCCGGCGAAGGACUCGUGGCUUUACGAAAGAUGCUGGCACAGGUACGAAAAAGCUUUCUUUUUUUGAGUUUUUCGAAUUGCAGAUGCAUUUUCAUGGACACGGAACUGAAUUAUAACACGUCAGAAUGGGUUUCUUAUGAGUCUGAGAACAAGUCAACAACGGAUUGCGAAGUGGUGGAAGUGAGGUGCUCAAAUCUAAUUAGGAUGACUUACAUUUACUUGCAUGUUCAAAUUGUGAAGCAGUAAGUUGGAGAAACAUAAUCUUACAGUGAAAAGUAGUGUCUACAAAGCUUGAACCGGCAUUCAAAAAUUGUUUUCAGGCCUCCAAAGUCCCCUCCUCCUUCGCCGGCCGCUUCAAACGUCUACAUAAUUGUCAUUGAUUCCACCAGCACUGGGAAUUUUAAACGAGCCUUACCAAAGACCAAGGAAUACCUGGAAAAUCGCCAUCAAGCCAUUACCUUUAACUAUUUGAACAAAGUUGGCUGGAAUUCUCGAGGAAAUGCGAUGGCUUUUUUGGUUAACGAAGCCUCGCAGGACAUUGCGGAAAGCCCUUGGGGUCCUGAAGUCAAAAUUGCCGGCGAAGAUUAUUGCUACAAACCCUUGGACAAUCUGAGCUACAUUUUUUACGAUUUUAACAAUGCUGGCUACAGGACUUUUGCUAUGGAUGAUUCUGGAGUUGGGACUUUCAACUCGCCGGACUGCAUUGGAUUCACGAAAAAACCGGCGGAUCAUUAUGUAAAGUAAGAUCGCGAAAACAAGACCCAAAAUUUCAAUCUUUUAUUAACAGCGUAAAUCACAUUAUAAACCGCUUUUUUGCCUAUGUAGACGGUUAUGAUUUUAUGAUACAAAUUUUGCAUCUCCGGUUUUCGUGGUGGGACCCAGUAUUUUGUGGAAUUUUGGACUGUCAGGAAGAAACCGUACCUCUGAUUUCAAUGAUUUUGCGCCGUCUCAAGACAGCAUUUCCAUUAGCUUUAUGAACAGAACUUUAGAUUUUCGUUGUGAGACCUAAAAAUUUAUUAUUUUAUUUUUUCAGACAAUUCGCCCGUCGUAUGGAGAACCUCGCUUAUGAAGAUGUCGACGGUUUAUCUGCAAAUCAUAACACUCGUCAAUGCCGUGAUUCCUAUGAAGCCUUAUUUGAAACUCUCGAGGAAUUCAGCACUGUUUACAAUGACGAAGCCAAAAUGGGAAUGAUUUGGUUCACUCACCUGGCGCACAGCGAAAAAAACGAGUUAUACCGAGCGGACGACGUGAUGCUGAAAUAUUUCAAAGAUUUGGAGGAUACUGUAAGUGUUCAGUUGCCAAAAAAUUAGAAUAUGUCGUGUUUAAACUACGGGAUUGUUGUUUUAGCUGGACAACUCCUUUGUAUUCUUUAUGUCCGAUCAUGGGCCGAGAUACGGAGGGUUCCGUCAAUCUUUUAUUGGAGUUCUCGAAGAACUGAAUCCAUUUUUUACAUUAACACUGCCAAAAAAGCUCAGGAGAAAUGAGGAUCUCAUGGAUUUACUUCGAAAUCAUUCGAACCAACUGCUGACUCAAUUCGACGUCUAUGCGACUUUAUUGGAGAUUGCUAAGGUAAGCCAAUAAGACGAUCGGAAGUUUCACCGUAAUCUACACUACAUUUAAGGCUGUUAUAGAGAGGUUUUGCUAGGUUAGGACUUUUUUCGCAUCGUGCCUCUAGUGGGACGAACCUGACUUCUUGACUUUCAGUUUAACCCACCACUAGUUCCACCAAUUUUUUUAUGAUUUACCCAUAAUAUAACCUUUCUAUAACGAAGCCUAUGACACUAAAAUUAUCUCUGAUCUCAGGAAAACCACAAAUGGAUCUCACAAACCAACUUUUCCACCGAAAAAUUCUCCGUUUCCGAUCGCAAACUCAAGGGAAGUUCAAUCUUGCACCCGUUGCCAGGCCCCAGACACUGCAACUCGCUACUAAUUCCAAUAAAUUUCUGCCUUUGUCAACAAAAACAGGUCAAAAUAGAGGAUUCAACACUGUUGAGCAGGGUGGGAGAAAUGAUGGUCGAAAAAAUGAAUGCGGAUAUCAAAAAGAGUAUGCACCAAGGAGACUGCGCGAAAUUGAAGAUGGACAAAAGAUUUGGGGAGUUGGCGAAAAUUGGUGAAGGAGAUAAAGUGAUUUAUAAAGCGGUCAUCCGGGUGAGGCCGGGUGGAGGAAGCUACGAAACACAAUUUACUGUGAGUCGAAAUAUUUUUUCCAUUAGGUUUUUAGAAUGGUUUAAAAAAUCGAAAUUUCAGGUCUCACCACGAAAACCUGAAAGUCCGAAAAUUUUCAAAAGUUGUCAAAACGAUAUGAAGUAAUAUUUUCAGGUGAAGAAUGGUGAAGUCAAACUGCUUUCUGAGCGAUUUCCUCGGCUUGAUUCUUACAAAGCCCAGGCCAGUUGUAUUCCCCCGCAAUUCCUGCAAAAUUACUGUUACUGUAAAUAA